CAAACUUGUCAAGUCGUUACGUAGCAGAUACGUUUUGCAUCAUUAUUAUACGAGUAGAUAGUGAGAAUUUUUUCUUUUCGAAAGUGUAGGAAUAAUGAUAAUUUUACAGUGGUCAGUUCUUCUACUUUUAUCUUUGGAAAUUAGAAAUGUUCGAAGUUCCUAUUUUAAUAUUUGUUUACCAUUUAAAUCAUGCGAAGUAUCGGUGGACAUAAAGCCUCAAGAUGAGAAAGCACCAGAUUUCAAUCCAUUGUACUUAGUUGGUAAAUCUGGUUCAUACGAAUUGGCAAUACCUCGAGUUACAGAUAAUGACGAUAGUACAGUCGUAAGGGUAUUUUUCCCAAACAAGAAGAAACUAAUUUACGCAUGUCCAAAGAAUAUUAAAACGCAUUUAAGAGAUAAAGUUAACCCUGAAUUAUCGCAACAAAAAGAUAUAACAAUGCCUUCGAAACCUGAAGAACUAAUAAAUGAACACUGUAAUCAAAAAGUCGAACCAAUAGUAAAAACUUUGAAAACAUUAUGCAGUGGGUCAGAAUCUUCGGAUGAUGCUGAUAAAUUCUUUUUAUAUGAAGUUGGAUUCAAAGUUUUUGUCAGAUACGACUCAAAAAUGAGUUUGAUUUUCAAGUUUAUAACCAGAUCACAAGAUAAAGAGCAACGCACAGUGGAAACUUGGCAUCCUUUGUACAAGACUUGUCACAAUCCUAAAACACGUGCAUCAUUAUAUACCAUUCAUACUUUACAUGGAGGAUCUGUUGGUAGCAAGAAACCUAGUUUUACAGGAAAUUUUCGAGACGUCAGUAACAUAGAUGGAACAGAAGAAACAAUUGAUACGAAAUCCAUAUCUCUGGAUGACAUAUACACACAGACAUCUGUACAAGAACUAUUUGGCAAUAUGUUUGAUAAUAGAACAAAGGAAAGUAAGUACGCUAACAAAGAUUUUUUAGCCAAGGGACACUUGGUUCCUGAUGCAGAUAUGGCCUUCAUUCCUUGGAAAUAUGCGACAUACCUUUUUCUAAACGCUGUGCCAAUGUGGCAAUAUCUGAAUAAUAGUUCUUGGAAAUCGAUUGAAACACAAAUUAGAAAACACGUUAAUCAAUCCAAUCAAAAGUUCACCAUAUACACAGGAACACACAAAAUACUAUCCUACAAGGGCCAGUCAAUAUUUCUAGGAGGAGAAAACUCCGACAUACUGCCUGUACCAUUAUUCCUUUGGAAAGUUGUUCAUGACGAGCAGAAAAACGAAGCUAUUGCCUUCAUUGUUGUAAAUGAUCCAUAUACUACAUUAGAAGAAAAGGAUUUUCUUUGCCCACCUAAUGAUAAAGGGCAAGAGAUAUGUUCCGAAUACAAAUGGUAUGUUUAUAGCAAUAAACAGGAUGACAAUAAUCCGAGUAAGAGGAAAAUCGCGCACUGCUGCACAGUGAAAGAGUUACAUGAGAAAGUACCACAUGCUCCAGAUUUGAGUAAUGCUAAAAUACUGCAAUUUGAUUUCAAAAAUGUAGACAAAAGAUGAAUUUAUUGUGUUAUGGUUUUACGUGUUAUUUAAUUUUAUAAAAUAUAGUCAUUAAGCAUUAAAUAUAUGGAAAAAAAAAUUAGUAAAAUAA